GUGUGUGUGGCAGCCGGAAGGGGAGGCUCCCCUGAGAAAAUAUUGACUGGCCUCCUGUCUCCUAGCUGCCUAGAGAUGGUCGUCCUUGAACACUGGAAGCUGGGACCCCAGGACUGACCACAUGCCCUGGUCUUUGCUACGAUAUCUCCUUAGACCUAGCUGUGCUACUGGAAACCAGCCAGCAUGGAAGAAGAGCAGAGACUCCCAGGGUCUGCCAGUGGCUUGCUGCUGAUUGGCCCUGCCCUCCAUUCUCCUAGGCAGGGUGCCAGGAAGCUGGAACUUUGUUAUCUGGGUAAUUAGCUUCAGACCCUGGACUGAGGCCGGCCAGGUCUUAGGGCUACUUCUCACAGGCUAUAUGCACCCUGACCCCAAGAGGGAGGCGAGGUGCUGUGUACAGAGGCCCUGCCAGCUGAGCAGUUGAGGUGUCAGUCCUGCCUGUGGAACAACUGUGGGCACCCCACACACACCUUCCACCCCACCCCCUGCCACACUGCCCUCCCUACCUGGGCUCUGCCCCUUAGGGCAGCUGGGCCUGGUCAUAGUUUGGGGCCUCCCAUCUCAGCCUUGUCAGGGACAGAGGACACCAAGUCUUGGGAAGGGGAUGCCCCCAAGGGUGCCAGUCCAGCCAGCUGCCCCACCCUUCAGGCUUGGCCUGGCCCUCCAAACCCGAAUUGUGGUGCCCCAAUCAGCCCUGUGGGCAGACAUCCACCACCAUGGCCGAGCACCUGGAGCUGCUGGCAGAGAUGCCCAUGGUAGGCAGGAUGAGCACCCAGGAGCGGCUGAAGCAUGCCCAGAAGCGGCGUGCCCAGCAGGUAAAGAUGUGGGCCCAGGCUGAGAAGGAAGCCCAAGGCAAGAAGGGCCAUAGGGAGCGACCAUGGAAGGAGGUGUCUGGCCUAAAGCCUCGGAAGCAUGUCCUCUUCCCUCCCAGCGUUGCUCUUCUGGAGGCUGCUGCCCGAAACGACUUGGAGGAAGUCCGUCAGUUCCUUAGCAGUGGGGUUAGCCCCAACCUGGCCAAUGAGGAUGGCUUGACUGCACUGCACCAGUGCUGCAUUGAUGACUUCCAAGAGAUGGCACAACAGCUCCUGGAGGCUGGGGCUGAUGUCAAUGCUCGCGAUAGUGAGUGCUGGACACCUCUGCAUGCUGCAGCCACCUGUGGCCAUCUGCAUCUGGUAGAACUCCUCAUUUCACGUGGUGCAAAUCUCCUGGCAGUCAAUACUGAUGGGAACAUGCCCUAUGACCUUUGUGAGGAUGAACAGACACUGGAUUGCCUCGAGACUGCCAUGGCCAAUCAUGGUAUCACCCAGGACAGCAUUGAGGAGGCCCGGGCAGUGCCAGAGCUGUGCAUGCUGAAUGACCUCCAGAGCCUGCUGCAUGCUGGGGCCAACCUCAAUGACCCUUUGGACCAUGGGGCCACUCUGCUGCACAUCGCCGCUGCUAAUGGGUUCAGUGAGGUGGCUACCCUGCUUCUGGAGCAAGGAGCCAGCCCGAGCGCUAAGGACCAUGAUGGCUGGGAGCCUCUGCAUGCUGCAGCCUACUGGGGCCAGGUGCACCUGGUAGAAUUGCUUGUGGCCCAUGGGGCUGAUCUGAAUGGAAAAUCCCUGGUGGACGAGACGCCCCUCGACUUGUGUGGUGAUGAGGAGGUAAGAGCCAAACUGCUAGAACUCAAGCACAAACAAGAUGCACUCCUGCGGGCCCAGGGCCGCCAGCGCUCCCUGCUGCACCGGCGGACAUCAAGUGCCGGCAGCCGUGGAAAGGUGGUGAGACGAGUGAGCCUGACACAUCGCACCAACCUGUAUCGCAAGGAGCAUGCCCAAGAGGCCAUCGUGUGGCAGCAGUCACCGCUCACCAGCCCAGAGCCUCAAGAGGAUGAGGACCGGCAGACAGACGCUGAGCUCCGGCUGCAGCCCCCAGAGGAAGACAGCUCUGAGGUGACCAGACCACACAAUGGCCAAGUAGGGGCCCCCCCAGGGAGGCACCUGUACUCCAAGCGUCUAGAUCGGAGUGUCUCCUAUCAGUUGAGUCCUGUGGAGAACAAUGCCCCUGAUGCCCUCGUCCGGGACAAGGCGCACCACACACUGGCAGAACUUAAACGGCAGCGAGCAGCUGCAAAACUUCAGCGACCCACCCCUGAAGGGCCUGAGACCUUGGAGCCUGGCCUGUCUGUUGACACUGAGACCUCCCAGCCUGACUGUGGCUUCAGAACAACUGGGGACCCACCCCUGCUCAAGCUCACUGCCCCCUCAGAGGAGGCUGCUGUGGAGAAGAGGCCAUGCUGUUUGCUCAUGUGAAAUGUGACUCCUCAAUAUGGCAAGGUUCAAUCCCAUGCCAGCCAGAGGCUUCCUCAUGAUCUCUGGCCUGGUGACCCACUCCAGCACAUGCCUCAGUGCUAUAGGGGAGCCAAUACAAGAGCCCUGUACCCACUUCCAGCCCAGGACACUGGCCCCCUUGCUCAGGGAUGGACUAUGCAGAGCUGUACCUAUGGGCCUCAGGCCACAGACUGCUUACCCUGUGACUCUUGAUAAAGGCUGUUUGCCACUGA